GGGCGGUUGUGGGCCGGGCCGGAAGGGGCUGUUCUGGCGGCGGUGGUUCGCGGGUCUGGCCGCUUCCUGCCGCGGAGGAGGGUCGGUGCUGGGCCGGGUCGGAGCGACGGUGCGUCCCGUGUUAGUGAGCGAGUGAGCGGGUGUCGGUAUUGCGGUCUUGAAGCAGAGGGUAAAGGUUUCUCCUCGCGGUGCAUGGACGGAAAGCCAAUGCGCAGGUGUACCAGUACUCGACCAGGGGAGACCGGAAUGGAUGUGACCAGCCGAUGCACACUGGGAGAUCCUAACAAGCUGCCGGAAGGGGUGCCGCAGCCUGCUCGUAUGCCUUACAUCUCCGACAAGCACCCUCGACAGACUCUGGAAGUCAUCAAUCUUCUUCGGAAGCACCGGGAGUUGUGUGAUGUGGUGCUGGUGGUAGGUGCGAAGAAGAUCUACGCCCACAGGGUGAUCCUGUCCGCCUGCAGCCCGUACUUCCGAGCCAUGUUCACUGGGGAGCUGGCAGAGAGUCGACAGACAGAAGUGGUGAUCAGAGAUAUCGAUGAAAGGGCCAUGGAGCUGCUCAUUGACUUUGCCUACACCUCUCAGAUCACUGUGGAAGAGGGAAAUGUCCAGACCUUGUUGCCAGCUGCUUGCCUUCUCCAGCUGGCUGAGAUACAGGAGGCCUGCUGUGAGUUCCUUAAGAGACAGUUGGACCCUUCCAAUUGCUUGGGCAUCCGAGCUUUUGCUGACACUCACUCGUGCCGUGAACUGCUGAGGAUUGCUGACAAGUUCACCCAGCAUAACUUCCAGGAGGUCAUGGAGAGUGAGGAGUUCAUGCUGCUUCCUGCCAAUCAGCUCAUAGACAUUAUAUCCAGCGAUGAGUUAAACGUUCGCAGUGAAGAGCAGGUGUUCAACGCAGUGAUGGCCUGGGUGAAGUACAGCAUUCAGGAAAGAAGACCUCAGCUGCCACAGGUCCUCCAGCACGUUCGCCUGCCACUGCUGAGUCCCAAGUUUCUUGUGGGUACAGUGGGCUCUGAUCCUCUUAUUAAGAGCGAUGAGGAAUGCCGGGAUUUAGUGGAUGAAGCCAAAAACUAUCUCCUGUUACCCCAAGAGCGACCGCUGAUGCAAGGACCACGAACUAGACCACGCAAACCCAUCCGCUGUGGAGAGGUGCUCUUUGCAGUGGGGGGCUGGUGCAGCGGCGAUGCGAUCUCCAGUGUGGAACGAUAUGACCCUCAAACCAAUGAGUGGAGGAUGGUGGCUUCCAUGAGCAAAAGGCGCUGCGGUGUUGGUGUCAGUGUUCUGGAUGACCUUCUGUAUGCAGUGGGAGGCCAUGAUGGUUCCUCUUACCUGAACAGUGUAGAAAGGUACGAUCCAAAGACCAAUCAAUGGAGCAGUGAUGUGGCCCCCACCAGCACCUGCAGGACCAGUGUUGGAGUAGCAGUUCUUGGGGGCUACCUUUAUGCAGUGGGUGGCCAGGAUGGUGUCUCUUGCCUCAACAUUGUGGAAAGGUACGAUCCCAAGGAAAACAAAUGGACUCGAGUGGCUUCCAUGAGCACCAGACGCCUGGGGGUUGCAGUGGCUGUUUUAGGGGGCUUUCUCUAUGCAGUGGGAGGCUCUGAUGGAACUUCUCCUCUCAAUACAGUGGAACGAUACAAUCCUCAGGAGAACCGCUGGCAUACGAUUGCACCCAUGGGGACGAGGAGGAAGCAUCUGGGCUGUGCAGUGUACCAAGACAUGAUAUAUGCUGUUGGAGGCAGAGAUGACACGACAGAGCUUAGUAGUGCUGAGAGAUACAACCCUCGAACCAACCAGUGGUCUCCUGUUGUGGCCAUGACGUCCCGACGGAGUGGAGUUGGCCUUGCAGUGGUGAAUGGACAGCUCAUGGCAGUGGGAGGAUUUGAUGGCACGACGUACUUGAAGACCAUUGAGGUGUUUGAUCCAGAUGCUAACACAUGGAGGUUGUACGGAGGGAUGAACUACCGGCGGCUGGGAGGAGGAGUAGGCGUUAUCAAAAUGACACACUGUGAAUCUCAUAUAUGGUAAGCAGCAAGAGAGAGGGAGACCCCCUGCUUGUCAUUCCUAGAACAACUGAAGAGACUUAUUGACACUGGACUCUUUGCAGCUCUAGUAUGAACGGUCUAGACCUGAUGUAACACUUUGCCAGUGACUCUUUCUAUGGAACUAUAAAUAUGACUUCUGUGAGAGUGUGCCCAAUGGGAGACCACAUUGUCAGACUCCAGGGAACCACCGGACAAAAGUAGAAGUGUUGCUUAUGUCCAUACAUUUUCCUAACUAGUCUACGAUUCUGAAUAAACCAAACUGUACAAUUCACUGCAGCAUAAGUAAUGCCAGUGCACAGGCUACAAGCUACACAAUGGGAGUCUGGCAAGGAGAGUUUCCUGCCUUUCCCUCCCACUGUGAGCAUUGGAUGUGGCAGCUGUGUUGGUGGGUGAAAGAGGAAGGUGAUACAGAAACCAUUGCUUUUGCCUUAUUUACAGAGAGCUUCGACAAACAAGUACUUGACCUGCAAGGUGCCACCUUUGCACAGAAGCUUUCCUGUGCACAGAGUAUAUUUAUUUUUACAUUUAAUUUGUAUCACAUCUUUUCUUUGUAUCGCUCACAGUGAUGAUUCCAGCUUUUUAUAUACAUAUAUAUGUGUGCAUAUAUAUGUAUUUCAUAUAUAUGUAUAUGUGUGUGUGCAAUUUGAGUUUUAAUGAGUUGAUGGUUAUGGCAGGGCUAUGUCCUGCAGGUUAUUGUGGUUCCAAUCCCGGUGGUAUGUAGCUGUGUCUCAGAGUACAGGAGAGCUGUGGGUACCCUGAGUAUCUUUUCAGUCUUGCUGAAGGCAAGAGGUAGAACUGGAACUCUCAUCUAUCGACUGAAUCAGUGAAAGGCCACAAAAGAAGGUGAGAGUGAAAAGGAUUUCAUAUGAUGCCUUUUUACUGUACAGUGUAUGGUACAAAAGUCCAGCUUUUGUCUCUCACCUCCUCUGUAUAUGAACCUAGAAACAACUAGCUGUUGCUUAUUUAAGUCUUUCUCAUAUAUUCAGCAGGCAACAGCUUCUCUGAAGCUGGUAGGCAGGUAUCAUCUGUUAUAGUUCUGGUUAGCCUAGAUCAACACUCACUUCUCAGGUUCUUGAUAGAAUGGCAGACCUGCAAUCGAGUCAGCUCCUGCUGUGAAAAUUGCUUAGACCAGCAUCACCUUAACUGCCCUCCUGUCACUCAUCUGUCUCUCUAGAAUUCCCAUUGUAAAACAGUGACCACAAUGAGAUGGUGCACUCUCUUUCAAUGAUUGGUUUAAAAUGCACUUCCUCUGUUCCUGCCUAGAACAGGGAAAGGUCUGAAAUCUUGGAAGGGAGGCACUGUUUGCUGGCACCGUGAAUUACUGUCAUGGUUUGGCAAGGGCAGAUGUACCCAGGGUAGGGGGGGAUUAAGGAGGAGCUGUAGACUCAAAGGUUCUGAUAUGUUUGUCUGUACUGAAAGGACCUGUUGCACCUGGAUCUGAUUUUAAAAGGACUGUGAAUUCUUGAGAUGAAGGCAGUGCUGACAUCUUCAGUUCUCAUCUUCGUCGUUUGAUUCGUGUCACAGCAUUUUAAUGUGCUUGAAUAUAGUAGAAGUUACACUACCGUAAUAAAUGGGUCAUUAAAACUUUAUAAAAAAAAAAAAAGCUCCUUUUCCCCUAAAAGUUGUUAUUUUUACGUUUACAUAUGAAGAUCAUUUGCACCUUUACAAGGAAAACAAGUAUUCUGUAAACAAAUGUUUACAUUUAUCAUUGAUGCUUUUUUCUAGCAUGAGUAACUUGUAUAAAUAGUGCUAUCUUAAUAAAUUUCUUCUAUGCUAUU